GAGCCCGAUCCCCCCACCGUGUGGGAGUUGGUCUGACCCGGUGUCAGGGGUGACGGCUGCGCGGUGCAGGCUCGCUCCAAGUCUUUGUUGUCUGCGGUAAUUCGCGCUCGGUUCGGGCUUUUUAAUUGAGCACAAUCUGUGGUUUUUAACGAAGGAAUCCCAUUUUCUCACGUCACUUGAAGCAGUAAGUCCAACGUAAAGAUGGAAGAAAAGCAGUACGCGUCUUUGACGGUGCCUACGGAGUACCUACAGCACUGGUGGCGCAAAUUCGCCUCGGUGGCCGAAAACACUUUGACCGCCCGGAGUCAUCGUGCGGCGGAGCUCAUGACCAAGACACUGCCCGACAUCCUGACCUUCAAUCUCGACAUCGUCAUCAUUGGUAUUAACCCAGGACUGAUGGCAGCUUAUAAGGGCCAUCAUUACCCUGGCCCUGGAAACCAUUUUUGGAAGUGCCUUUUCCUGUCUGGUCUCAGCGACACCCAGCUGAAUCACCUGGAUGACCAGUCCUUGCCAGAGAAGUAUGGGAUAGGUUUCACAAACAUGGUAGAGAGGACGACUCCAGGAAGUAAAGACCUGUCAAGCAAAGAGUUUCGUGAAGGUGGAAGGAUUCUGGUAGAGAAGCUGAAGAAGUAUAAGCCCCUGGUUGCUGCUUUCAAUGGAAAAUGUAUUUAUGAAAUAUUCAGCAAAGAAAUAUUUGGCUUCAAGAUCAAGAAAUUUGAAUUUGGUUUACAGCCUCACAAGAUCCCGGAAACUGAAACAGUGUGCUACGUGAUGCCCUCGUCCAGUGCGCGGUGCGCCCAGUUCCCCCGUGCGCAGGACAAGGUGCACUACUACAUCAAGCUGAAGGAUCUGCGGGACCAGCUCAAGGGCGUGAGCGUCCCCGAGGAGGUGCAGGAGACGGAGUACACCUUCGACCUGGAGAAGGCCAAAGAGGAUGCAAAGAAGAUGGCCAUCAAGGAGGAGCAGUACGACCCAGGUUACGAGGCUGCUUUUGGAGGGGCGUAUGGGGAAGUGGGGCCGGAGAGCAACGGCCACUGCAACUUCUCAUCGGUCGGGCCAGAAGCCGCCAGCGGGGGCGCGGUGCCUGCCCUCGCCGUCGGGCAGCUCCCGGACGGGCAGUGGAUGACCCAGUCGUUUGCGGAUCAGAUUCCGGACAUCGGCGGCUGCGGCGCUCCCCAGCCGCGAGGCGCCGAGGCCGUGCAGUGAGGCUGAGCCCGCGGGCCCCGCGAGAGCACGGCGGGCCUGUCGCCGCGACCAAGACACCGAACCUCAGUUCCCCAACUGAAGAGUCAUUGUGCCGGGACUGUGUUCAUACCGAUCAGGUAUCUCGUACUGCAUCCAUCCGAGAAUUUAUAUAGUGAGCUGUUACACGAUGAAUUUUACGUAGAUUAGUCGAUUCUAUGGAAACUACUAUUUAAGGAUGGUAGGGUUUUUUUUUUUGGUUUUUAAUUGCUAUUUAAUGUAAAUCAUACAUUGUCAUUUUUUUUAAUGGAAAUUUUAGAGGAUCAGAAACUUUUACAGAAAGUGCAAUUUUACUACUUCUCAGUCUUACAUUCGUAAAUGUAAUAGUGCUCCUGACUUGAUUUUUUUUCCACUGGUUUGUUUUCAUAGACACAGAAAAUCAGGGUUCUCCGAUGAUACUUGAUUGGUGGUUUUACUAGUGAGGGCUUUAUCAGGGGAAGUGCCCUAGUCCUGGAUUUGAUGUUUAAGCUUUUACUUUGCUUUUUUUAAAGCAAAGCCAGUAGUUCACAUAAGGAGUACUUUAUAAACAAAACACUUCAUUCUGUUUUCUGCCUGCCUGGUUUUCUUCUUAACAGCAUUUUUACCAGUUUUACACCCAGGUGUAAGACUGAUGACCACAUUGGCUGUGGAACGGAGUGGUGUUUAAGCUGCUGACCAGGACAGGGUCCCAGAAUAGUCUUGUCACACAAGUUACAAUUCUACAAGUAGGUUAAAGAUCUCAAAACGGUCAUAAAACUGCUAUAGAAACCAAUGGUUGAAAAGAACAGUCUUGUUUUUGUGUAAACCAAGUUAAUAAGUCUGCCCAAGAGGAUGACAAUACCAAAUCUCUGAUCUAGAAAUAGCCUGCUAGCUGUGCUGUGAGCGUAGCUGUUGAGCACAAGGGUGAAAACCCAUCAGCUGCCUCUUUCUUUUGUUGCCAAACAGAUUGACUGACUUCCGCUUAGUGAUCGAUUAGGGUCGGCUUGGUCACUUGAAAGAUCUCAUCAUGUACUGUGCCUUUUAUAAGAAAACGGCAAAUGAUUUUGUUUUUGAAAACCGUUUGGGCAGCUCUGUUAUUCUCAGAAGCUGUUUGGAGGCUCAUGAAGUGUAACGUAUUUCUCCACUUCGUGGUAUCACAUCGCGACAGCCCCCUUUUUUGACAGAGGUGUGAGAAAUGGUCUGGUCAGUGCAGCAGCCUUUAUGUUUACUUGUCAGUUUUCGGGUACUGUAUUGUUUUUCCUCCGUGUUGUGCAACACAUGAAACUGUACUUUUUAUGAAGUAGGGGUAAGGUUUUACUACCAGUGUAACAAAAAGCCUUGAGGGGAGGGAACACGUAGGGGUAGUGAGUUGUGACAGGGUGGCUGCGUGGAGCUCAAGGUGCAGGUUUAUUUACAGCCAGGUCACACCCUUGCAGUCCCCCAGUAAUCGCCGUGCAGGUCCUCAAGCACCUGGCCAGCACUGCUCUCCAGGUGGCCAGGUCCUCCUCGGCUGCAGCCGUUCGCCUCUCCGCCCUGCUCGGGCGGCAUAGCUCGUCCUCCCCUCGUGUUGCUGCCAGUGUUUCAGCUCAGCACCAGGCGCGCUGCUCUGGAAUGUCUGAAAGCAGCAGUGCCUGCAGUUGUGUAGUCUGCCCAGCCGGUGAGGCAGUCCUUUGGUUGGCUUGUUGACCGAUGGGGAACAUGGGCUGUUCUAGACAACAGUCCUGCUAAGAGAGCUGCCCAGUGCUCCCACAGCCAUCUGCAAGUCCCUGCCACUUGCUCCUAGGAUGAGAAGUGGAUAUUGUUGUCUUUGACUGCACAAGCUACUGCAGGUUCUGGCCAGUAAUGGCGUGUGGGGUUCGCGUCUCUGCGUGCGUUGAGGUGAAUCCCUUCGCCCAGUCUGCUUCCAUUUCCACUGAAGGCCCUGCUCUAAUGUCGGCCAUCGCUGGGCCUGUUCCACCUGGUUUUUAAAAAAAACGUCCUUCAUAUUCACCUGGCAUCCCGCUCUGAUGCUGCUGAGAAAUAAACCUGCACCUGCUCUGCGGCUUGAAUCGAGCGGUGUGGACCGUCCCUGCCUACGUCCAGGACCUGCCAGUCGACGGGGGCAGCCGGAGACUUCGGAGAUUUUUCUCUCCCUGACCCCAGGUCUUAUCGGAGGACCUGGGUGCCAGUUGGUCAAUAUUUCCUGAGACUAAUGCUCUCCUAACAACCUUUUUACAAAUUCGAGAGACCUGUUCCCUCAAGUUGAGAGAUGAAAUUAAAUUGGAAAGGUAUAUAAAAAGGAAAAGGAGUUUUAAGGCAACCAGAAGAGAGCUCUAUGCUGAAGUUGCUUAAAUAUUGCCUUGUGGUGUUCAUACUUCCACAAAGCCUUUUGACACAGAACUUCCUGAGCCAGUCUAGAAUUUUUUUAAACAAAUGAGCAAGCAGUUUUUAGAAAUGAGAUCAUCAUAGCUAGAUUGCCCAGUUUUCAUUACAUUUCAUCAAAAGCAAAUAAUGCUGUUGGGUUGAAGUAAAUAGAAUAAGUCUCUGGAGAAAUAAUUCUAUAUCAGUUGAAGCAGAUUUUUUUAAAGAAACAUUCCAUAUUAAUAAUUCAUGUUAUUUACAGAAAAACUGUGAAGGCUUAUUAAGAAUUCACUCUUUGUCUACAGCAUUUUAAAUAAGACACACUCACAUUCUUAUCUUUAAUGAAUCUGUGGUGCUCUAAAGAAUAUACACUCUGGAAACAGUGUUUCUAAGGGAAAAUGCUUUGUUUUGCAGUCUGUAUUUUAGUGUUCUAAAUGUUGACAGGCUUGUGGCGUUUUGUUCUGUAUUUUUAAAUCUGUGGAUCUGUGGUGCAGAAUUGUGCUAAUGCAAACCAGAUCCAUGUGGAGCUUGGUGGUUCGUGCUGUGGAGGGUCUCCCUGUUCCACUGGUGAAUUAGGAAUGAAUGCAAACCAGUGUAAUUACAGGACUCUCUAUGCACAAUUGAUCAUGGUGCUCUAAAAUCCAAUGGCAGCUAUUUAAACUCUUGAGCUGUACUGUCUGUGUACAUUAUGUAAAGGUGUAUCUUAAUGUGUUGAUGAAGAUCGGUGUUCAAGCACAUGAGCAAUCUGACCUUCCAAAUAAAGGUUUUGCAAACCCUUAGUCACUUCAAA